CAACCGAUAUCAAGAAGCAGUUGUUUGUCUCUUCUCGGCAGUUACAAGGAGCAUGCAUCUUGAGAUUUGCCAGAAUGUCGGCUGAUUUGUUUGCCGAAUUUGCCAACAGCAAUCCGCCCCCUCCACAACAACCAAUUCCGCCAGCCGCAUCUCAGACUCAGCAAAGCAAGCCCGCGGUCAGGGACCCCUUUAGCUUUGGCUUCAACGACUUCACAACAGCAGCAGCCUCGCCAAUUGAGAGAUGGCCUCCAAUCCAAUCCCAGCCGAGCGGAGCUAUCAGUUGGGCUACUUCACCAGCACUUCCGCAGACUGCGCCAGCACCACAGGCAUUCGAUGAUGCUGAUGACGAUGGCUGGGGAGACUUCGAGACGGCAAAGCCUACUCCGCCAGCAGCUACAAUCAGCAAGUCGUCCGAUCCGUUUGGAGGGUUUUCCGCUCCAUAUAAGGGGCCUGAGAUUGGAAAUCGGCCUUUCCGGGCCCCCUCCAUCGAUAUCAUGACCAAUACCUUGGUUGAUGUCCAAGCAAAUAGGCCCAACGACACCGGCCUUUCAUGGAACUCAACGCCAACCAAUUCAAGGUUCUCUAUGGCCUCGGCACCGACGGAUUCCAACGUGCUCUUCGAUGCCGAUGAUUUCGAGCUCCAGGAGCCGGAUGUGGAUGAGGAUGAUGAUGAAUUUGGUGAUUUCGAAGCGGUGGCUCCAGCACCGAUGCAGCCAAAGCAGAGCUCCACAUCCAAACCCGCGUCUUCCAUCAACUCUGCACCGUUGCUAGACCUGCUCUCUCUUGACGACCCUCCGCAACAGCAGCAGCAGCCUGUUAAAAAGGUGGCUCACAAGCAGUCCCCUCCCCAGCUCCUAGGCGCACUAAGCUUUGGAGCUACAUCAACACUUCCGAACCCACCAAAGUCACCAUCGUUUCAGGAGCGAAACCCGUUCCCAGAUCUUGGAAUCAAGACAAGUGUAGUAGCUGCUGAUACUGCCAAGAAAACACGUGAUGCCCCGAAAUCAGCAACACCAGUGACUGCUUGGCCAACAACCAAACAUAAAGCAAAGUCAUCAGUCGCCAAGAACUUCGAUGAUGAUUGGGACGCGUGGGAUGAUACGCCUAGUGGAACUGGCAAUAAGAAAGAUGUUACCACUAGCAUUCCUCAAUCCGACGACUGGGGCUGGGACGCUGGCGAUGACGGUGAAUCCAACGCCAUAAAGGCGAGCGAUGAUGACCCUCCCCCAACCAACGUUCCGCCGCCAUCCGUCAUCUUGUCUGCUUUUCCCAAUCUCCUCAGUUCAGCGAACGCCUUUUUCAAGCCAAUGUCUGGGCAUAGUGCUUCGAUAAAGCAACAGGUUCUUUCUAACCCCAAGGCAAUACACUUUCUCCAAGGCUACAUCCUCCUUGCCACGACUGCCGCUAGGGUAAUUGCUGGUCGCAAACAUAGGUGGCACCGGGACAAGAUCCUGGCGAAAAGCAUGUCUAUCUCGGCUGCUGGCAGCAAGGGUAUGAAGCUCGCGGGCGUCGACAAAACACAAUCAGCUCGGGAAGACAGGGAGGCAGCAGAUGUAGUAGCUGUAUGGCGUGAACACGUGGGACGCGUACGAUCUGCCGUCGCGGCUGCCAACACUGAAGGCAAGCUCAAUCUCAAGGUGCCCGAGCUGAGCGAGAAUAUGCUGGUCCAAACUGCCAAGACGGUGCCGGCGGGACCUAAACCAUGUAUAAUAUGCGGUCUGAAGAGAGAAGAGAGAGUGUCAAAGGUUGACUAUGAUGUAGAGGACAGCUUUGGGGAGUGGUGGGUUGAGCACUGGGGCCACAGAGCUUGUAAGAACUUUUGGGUAGAGCAUGAGCAGAAAUUACGACAGCGUUGAUGGAUGAGUCAUGCAGUGGUAAUUCGUUAUUCAUCAUAUUUAUAGAGUUAUACAGCAUAAUAUUGAUAGCAUUU